GGGAGAUACUAUUAAUGAGAAGCUUAAUUGCCGACUGUAAUCAUUACGAUAUGUUAUAUAAAACCAGUAAUUAAAUAAUAGUGGCUGCAAUGCUAAUUUACUGUGUUGUCAAAACCAUAUGGUGACAUUAAUGGUUUCAUAGGUACAUAUAACCAUGGCUGAAGUAGUUCCUGAGAAAAAAAACUUAGAACUAAUUUUUAAAAAACUUCGUUCGAUCCCGACUAAUAAGAUUUGCUUUGAUUGUACUGCUAAAAAUCCUACAUGGGCCAGUGUCACAUAUGGUGUUUUCAUAUGCAUUGACUGUUCUGCUGUGCACAGGAGCUUGGGUGUGCAUUUAACUUUUGUUCGAUCCACACAAUUAGACACUAAUUGGACUUGGUUGCAAAUUCGACAGAUGCAACUUGGAGGAAAUGCUAAUGCAGAAUCAUUUUUCCAACAACACAAUUGUCAUACCAAAGAUGCUCAGCAGAAAUAUAAUUCCCGUGCAGCUCAACUGUAUAAGGAAAAACUUCAUGCUGCUUCAGUACAUGCUAUGCAAGCCCAUGGAACAAAGUUGUUUAUAGACUACGAUAUCGACAAUGAUAAUCAUUUGGAAGAAUCGAACAAGGAAUAUGAUUUUUUUGAAGACCAUAGUUUUUCCCAGGAGACUGCAGGUACUACUGAGACAGUGAUCACCAGUAAACUUACUGGUGUUGAAGAUCAUGCUACAUUGGAAAAAAUAGGGCCUUGUGUUUCUAUGAAUGCUUCUACAACUGAUAGAAAACCAACUAUUGGUAUUAGAAAACCUCAAGCCAAAAGAAGUGGAAUUGGCAACAAGAAUCGAUUAAGCUUAGGUGCUCAAAAAUCAAGCACUAACUUUGCUGAUGUUGAAAGAGAAGCUGUAUUAUCUGAAAAACUGAAAGUUCAAGUACAAAAAGAAAACGAAGAGCGCAAAAAAGAAGUUGAUGAAACCCAGAUUGCUUCCAUGAGGCUAGCUUAUGAAGAUAUUAGUCUCAAACAAAAAACAGAAGAGGAUAAAUUGAAGGUAACUGAUCCAAAAAAGGCUGUUCAGUUGGAAAGGCUUGGGAUGGGCCUCGGAUCAAGAGUGGGUAUAUCUCACUCAGCACUUAAUGACAUGAAAACGAUUCAUCAAGAAAAUUCCAAUAAAUUUGGUAAAUCACAUGAUGUUGAAGCUCAUGAUUUUUUUGAUGACUUCGGAUUCUCCUCGAGCAACAACUACAAUCCUUUGUACAAAAGUUCACCACAAUCACAGUCUCGUAUGAUGUCAUCUGGAUCUGAUGACAAUGAAGAUACCAUUAAAACAUUAAUGAACUAUGACAGUAGCUUUUCAUCUCAAACCACUUUUGAUAAUAGCUUUAAAACACAAAACAAUUACAACAGUGGUCAUAAAUCUCAGAACAAUAAUGUAAAAAGGAAUGUUGGUCUUCCAUCUGAAUCAACUACCGUUGCUCAAAAAAAAUUUGGAACUGCUAAAUCUAUAUCAUCUGAUCAAUAUUUUUCUGAUUCCUCUGAAAAUACGUGGGAACAAAAAUCAAAUCUCUCUAGGUUUGAAGGCUCUACAAGUAUAUCAUCAGCUGACUAUUUUGGAAGGAAUGAAAAUGCUCACCAAAGAGGGUAUAUUUCAAGUCAACUACAGGCACCAGAUCUUGAAGAAGUGAGGGAAAGUGUGAAACAAAGUGUCACAAAAGUUGCUGGAAAACUUAGUUCUUUAGCUAGUGGAGUCAUAUCAUCUAUUCAGGACAAAUAUGGAGGUUAUUGAAUUGAAACAGAAAACCAUCUAAAAACUGUCAUUUUUAAUUGAAUGUGUUGGCUCUAAAUGUUGCUUUAGUAGCUCUACAACACAGCCAUUUAUUAUUCCAUACAUCUACAUCCCAUGAAAUGAUACGCGUUAUAUUUAAAUAUUUGUUGAACAUAAUUGUUAGAAUGAUUUUUUUGAAGUUUGAGUAAUUAUUUGUUAGUGUUUUAGAUUGUGUUGGUUAUAUCGUGUUAUAUAAUUAAUUAUUUAUGAAUAAAUAAUUAUUUCUAUGUAUGAAUUUAUUAAAGUUGAUUAUACAUCGUUAUUAAUAAUCUAGAUAAAUAUAAGGAAUGCAUUUUAUUUCAGAUAUAUUUUGUUUUACUUGAUUACAAUAAAUGUAUUUUUUAUUUAAAAAUGUUUUUCUGUUUCUACUAAUAGAUGACUGUAUCUCAUUUUCAAUAAAAUUGUUGUCCAAACCUAAUUUUCAUGAUAUAAAUUAUAAAUUAUGGCCUUAUCAAGAAAUACAAUAUUGCUAUUGUAAAUUAUAUUCAAUGGAAAUAUGUUUACUAUUAUUAUUCUGAAGGAUAGGGGACCUUUCACUAGAGCCCAUGUCAUAUUUCACAAUUAAGUUGUGUUGUUUCCAAAUUAAUAGUUCUUUUUAAGAUUGUAAAGUCUACAGGUACUUAGCCAGUGGGAGAGUUAUUAUGGAAGCUAAAAAUGAAUCUUUAUUAUCAUAAGGAAAUCAAUACUUAUGCAUGAAAUAUAAAUUAAUCACUUAUUUUAAAAAGGGUUUAUUCGUUUUGAAUAGUAAUCGAGUCUAUUCUUUAAAAUGAAACUGAAAAGAAAAAUUAUUAUGAAGUUAUAAGCCCCCUCCAAAGUAUCAAAAUCCCUACUAUAUGUCUGUGAGGAAUAUUUCUUCCUACCUUCUUUCUUUCAGAUGAGAGAUUUUGAAUCAACUUUGUGGAUUAUGUAUAAACUUAAAAAUGGUUGAGGUGUGUCAGAUUAAACCGAUAUAUGAAAGGAAACUUAGUUACCAGUCAAUGACAAAACAAUUAUAUAGAGAAGUGAUUUAAUUUCUUAUCUGAACAGAUUAAAGCUAGGUAAUUUUCCAAUGAUAAAUUUUCACUAAUGAUUUAAUCUUGCAUUUUAAUCCUUAUUUAAUAUACCUGACUCUAAUGAACCAUUAGGGUUAAUUAUCUAAAAAAAACUUUACAUGGUUUUCUAUUAUUAUUUUAUUGCUCUCAAACUAUUUGUUUAACUUCUGUAUUUAUAGUCAUUUUAAAUCUAAGAUAUUUCAUAUCCACAUACUAACAUGCUUGAUAUAAUUGGUAAAUCUUGUUUGCUGUAAAAAAAAAAAAAAAUUGCUUUGUUCUAAUUAAACAUAGGUCACUCAAUAAUAAUUUUGACUGUAAUUUUAGCAGUAUACUCGUCUCUGUGCAAAACUCUUUUCCAUAUUGCUUCUUAGCACUUACCACCUAAAACAUAAAUAAAGCAACAUAAUAAAGUUAAUGUUUUAUUCAUUAUUAUUGGUUGGUAAAUAAACACAAUUUAGUUUCAGUAACCCUAACUAAUUGUUGCAGGAGGGUGUUCCAAUUACUGAAAACUCUAUCCCUCUUCCUUCUCUCAGUUUUCUUUAUUGUUUCUUUUGGCCAGUUCCCGUUAUUGAAAAAUUCUGACUAAAGUUUUUAUUUAGUUACUGAGGAAGUACUGUAUUGUACUUCAGUAGGUCCUAGACCAAUGGAUAACAAGUAAUUAAUGAAGGAAGGUCAACAUUAUAAAAUAAUAAGAAUCUUUUGGAUGCAGAUAUAUAUAUAUAUAUCCACCAUUUAAAAAGGAUGAACAAGAGAUAAUGCUAUUUGAUCCUCAUUGACAUCUUAAAUACAAGUUAAAUGAAACUAACUAAAAUAAAAAAUAUACUGUGACAUUAACUAAAUUUUAAUGUUAUACCAUCAAAUAUUUAAACUCACCCAUAUUGCUCUAAGAUAAUUGUAUAUAAGUUUGUUUUUCAAUAAUUUAAUUUGAAUAUUCGCAUUCAGAAAAGAAAAAAAAUAAUAUUUUGCUAUGUUAAGUAUUUUUAGUUAAAUUUGAAUUUUUUGUUCUACUAUUAUCAACCUAAACUGAGUAUGUUAUCAUUAGAUGGAAUGCUAAUGUAAGUCCUGCAAAUGAAAGUAAGAUUUUAUCUCAAAUAUUUUGAGUACUAAAAUAAAAUAUAUAUUCAGAUAUUUCAAAAAUAUUCAGAUUUCAAAGUUCAGAAAAUUGAAAUGAUCAAAUUUUUUUUGUUUUCCCUAUAAAUAAAUUAAAAUUAUACAAUUUUUUAUGGUUAAUCAAUAAUGUUUUAAAAUGUUGCUUGUUGACAUUUUUUCGUUUUCCAGUUUUUGUUAGGAAACAGUCAUGCCUUAAAAAAAGAAAGAAGAGUAUGGAUUAUAUUUUAUACAGACAACUUUAAAGAUCUAAUUUUCUGGUUAAAAAUAUUAUUAUUUGUUACUAAUUUGUAAAAAAAUAUAUAUAUUACAAUGUUACAUUGGAAUAAAAAUAAAGUUUUAAAGUUCUUUAAUGUUUCAGUAUUUAUUUUUCUUAAUCCAUCAUCAAUAUUAUGAGAAAAAAAGGUGGGAGUAUUUAUGAAUUCUAACACACAUAGGCUAAAAAAUCUGAAAACAAGAACUUUAGUUGAAAAGGAACUGUUAAACAUCAACACAAAAGGGAUUGUUUUUAGUUUAACAAUAUGUGUACUGCAACAAAAAAAAAAAUCAAAUUUUUGCAAUUCUCACUCAGUUUGAUGGUAUAUUAUUAAGAGUCUCAUUCAGAAUUGAAUAACCUGGAAGUCAGGGAAUUUUUUUAAUCUGGAAAAAUCAGAGAAUUUCACAAGGCGACAUGAGCACAGCAAAGUAUUCACGUCCGGACAAUUAGUCUAUGAGCCCCCUGGAUAACCCGUAAACACGGUAAGUAAACGAUCACAUUUAUACCCAAUAUACAAAGCAAAACAUGCCCAGGCCCUAUCAAAAACGGCCAAAUGCUCGAAAGCUUUCUAAAGACUUAGGCAAGGCUCAACUCAAAGCUAUCUUUUGGAACACAGGCGGUUUAACCAAAGAUAAAUUCAAUGAAUUGAAACGAAUAGUGACAGAAAGUGAUGUAGACUUAUGCGCUAUUGUCGAAGCAGGAGUGGCAACUGAAAAACCUGAUAUACACCGAAUUCAUGGAUACCAAACAUAUUUCAUCCCAAGAGCAAGACAAGUUGCAUCUGGUAUUAUGCUGGCUGUUAAGGAAUCCAUCGUUGCGGAUAUGAAAAUUAGGAAACAGCAAGAUGCAAAUGAUAAAUCCGAGGCUCUGGAAGCAAAUUUGUGGUAUGGCAAGUGGCACUUCCGAAUAUUCGUAAUAUAUAGCCCUCCUCAAAACAGACCGGACCUCACAUGGUUGGAAAGGAACUGUAAUGGACAGAGUAUACUAUAUGGAGACCUGAAUGCCCCUUCCACUAUAUGGGGAUAUAAUAACACUGAUACUGUAGGCAGAAUAUUUGAAGAUUUCCUUAACUCAAACCCUGCACAAUAUAUUCGAAAUGAAACAAAACUUCCUACCUUUCAACCUUUCACUGGCAGUACUUCCUGCCCUGAUGUUGUAUUGGCGCACACGUCAAUCUCUGAUAACAUAAAGCAUACCAUACUACCAGCUAUAGCAGGUUUCAGGCACAAUAUCCUUGUGGUUAACUUGAACCUGAAUCAAAAUAAUAAUAGUAAGACCAAGGAACCACAACUGCCACGAUGGAAUUUAAAGAAAGGAGACUGGAAGCUUUUCAGGAAAUUGACAGAUGAACUCAUCACUGAUAAAUUAAUCAUAAAUGGUAAUGUAGAUAAAACAUACACUAAUAUAAAAUGAAAUUUAUAUAGGUGUGCCCUGAAGACUAUUCCCCGAGGAACAAUACGAAAAUGUCGUCCUUUCUGGAAUGAAGAACUGCAAAAGUUAAAAGAAGAAAGAGAUGAUUAUAGAAAAAGAGCUGAGAGCUCCAAAAAUCGUGCAAUGAUAAGUUUACUUAAAAGGAAAACAGCUAUAUUUAAAAGAAAAGUUAUUUCAGCUAAACAAAACUCAUUUAGAACGUUCCUAAAGAAAAUGGACUUUAGAAAAGAUGGAGUUAAGGCACAUGAAUUUCUUUCAAAAAUAAAUAAUAAAUCAAACUUAGCAAAUCAUCCAAUAACAUUCGAUGGGAAAACAAUAAGCAAGCUAAAAUAAAUAGCCAACUCCUUCUGCAAACACUACUCAAAAGUAGGCAAUUACAAGCUAAAAAAAAGAAAACGGAAAUCCAACCAC